UCACGCGAAACGUGUGCAAUCUUUGCGAAAGGAACUGGACUAUCUCAAGGCGACAGAGUGGAGAUAUCAGCCAAUAGAUCGGUACUUAGAUAGGAGCCAAAAGAAUUAAAGAUGUUAUCUUUAAUCUAUAGUGGGAUCCAGCACAUUAUAAAUUAUAUAUCUUCAAAUAAAACAACAGAUGAAGACAUAAAUGAAAUCAUAUCUCGCAUAGAGAGUGCACAGGAGAUCAAUGCAGAUGAAAUUGUAGAAAAAAAAGGAACAGUGAAAGAGGAAGGAUGUUACUAUAGAACGGGCAGUAUCACUUUGAUCACUACAGAUUACGUUCUCAUAGAUGAUCGUUAUACAUAUGAAAAAAACGAUGAUUUAACAGGUAAUCUGAAAAUAGGUGAUAAAGUUCAAUACUUACUGCACCUACGAGAGCCAAAUGCAGAGCCAAAAGUACAGAAAAUUAUCUGCGUGAUAAAUGAAGGUUGGGACAGUGUAAAUAUCAGAUCAAAGGAAGAUGUAGUUCAUACGAUACCGAGGAGUAUAGUUGCCAAAGUAACAAACCGUGAAGGUCGAAUUACCAUUGUUGAACCGAAUAAUAUCCGCAUUGACUUAAACAAAGUGCAAUCUGAUAUUGUUCCUUUAAUUGGUGAUUGGUUAACAUUAGAAUCCAUAGUCGAAUUGUGCAGUGACUCUGUGGAUUUGAGUGGUGAAAUCUUGGAGGUUGACAGGAUCAAACCAUUACGAUCUAAGCUACAUGUUGGUGUAAUAACAAAGUACAAUCCAGACAACGAAGUAGGAAUAAUUGAUAAACAUGUAAUAUUUCACAAAGGCGCAUGUGAAGCAGAUUAUAUUCCCUGUGUCGGUGACAAGGUAGCAAGCGACAGCAUAGAGAGUGAUCAAGGACAAUAUAACUGGAGAUCAGUGGCUAUAGCUCCAUUAAUUCAGACAAACAAAACUUUAAACAAAUUCACUCAAUUAUUAACUAUAAACAAUAAUCCUUCCAUAUCAUCAGAUAAUAAUUUAUUAAAAAAUAAGUAUGGUAUUAUCAUAGAUGACAAUUUAAAAUUUAAUUUGAAUAUAGAAGAAGAGAGUACUUUGGUAGUUUCGAUACAAAAUAAUGCCAGUUAUACUCAUAUGUUGCAUAGCAGUUCUUUUAUGUCACAGAUGAGUCCAUCUCAAUUGUCAGUAAUAUCACCAACAAAUACAGAUAUUAACAUAGUGAUAAAUCCCUCGGAAAGUAUUACUUACACGUUCAAAUGCAAAGCGAAAUUUGUCGGCACGUCCCAAGAGAUGUUCAUCUUUAAUUUCAAAGAUUUCAAGAUCGGUAGAGUGUUUUACAUCACUGUCAAUGCAAAAAGUAUUUCACAAAAAACUGAUUCUGUGUCUGUUACACAAAAAUACAAUCAGAAAAUUAAUGUUCGCAACUUAAAUGAAGUAAUUAACGAUACAUGUAUUCCUGGAGUAAGGCCAACUAAACCGCCUGCAUUUAUCAAAGUACGUAAUGGAAUAUUCAAGAUACCGCAAUACAUUUGGAAUGCAGUGUUGGAUAUUGAAGAGAAUAGAAAAUCACAAAUGGAGUGUGAGAUUGCUAUCGGAGAACAGAUACCAUGUCUUCUAAAACGACUUUCAUUUGAGACAUAUAAGGAUCGUUUCCAUAUUUUACUGUAUCUAGAAGAGAUAGGUCAAAUGCUCAAAUUGCAACAAUAUGACAUGCAAAGUGCAAUUAUGCGACGAUGUGGGAAUUAUCUUGUACUCGAAGUGCCAGGGUUAGCAGAAAAACGACCUUCCCUUCUCGUCGGUGAUAGAGCCCUGAUAUCUUUUCAAUGGACUAAUUCUCAAGAAAAACUGAAAUAUGAGGGCUUCAUUCACAAAAUCAAGAGCACAGAAAUCUUUUUGAAAUUUAACGAAAAGUUUCAUCAUGAAUACAAUGGUGAGGAUUGUCAAGUGACAUUUAAAUGCUCGCAAAGUACUAUUCAACGUUGUCACAACGCUAUUAAUUUAGCCACAAAUCGUCUUGGAUCUGAUUUUUUAUUUCCUACUAGAGUAGUGCAAAAAGAACCACAAGUUCAUUUGGAAGAAUAUAAGAUUGAAGAAAAUCCCACUCGCACGCCAAUUUAUCACAAACACAAUAAAUCUUUACAUUCUGACAAUUUCUCUUCUAUCAACGAUACCUUUGAUAAUGUAAAUAAAAUUCCAAGAAUAUCAGUAGCAGAAAGACUUUCUAAUACUAAGUCUAUUGAAUCAACACUCGAAGAGGCAAAGAGAUCCACGAGAACAAAUCAAAAUUUUAAAACCAAUUUAACAAGUACAAGUAACAGAAAAAUUAAUAUCGCUAACACUAUAAUUACAAGGCAAAAUAAAUUGAUUGAUCAUACUGACAAUGAACUGGAACCAUACAUAACUCAAAUAAAGAAACGGAAAUUAAAUUGGUUUAAUAAGAAAUUGAAUUAUUAUCAGAAAGAAGCUGUAAGAAAUAUAAUAUUAGGAUUGGCACGCCCGUUACCUUAUGUUAUAUUCGGCCCGCCUGGAACAGGAAAAACAGUGACGUUGUGCGAAACGAUUUUACAACUUUUGACCACAAUUCCCGAAAGCAGGCUUCUCGUAGCAACACCAUCGAAUAGUUCAGCAAACUUAGUAGCAGAACGCUUAUUGGACAGUAACGUACUUAAGCCUGGCGAUUUGGUUCGACUGAUAGCCUAUCAUUACUUGGAUAACGACUCUAUUCCCGAAAGACUGUUACCUUAUUGUGCUACGGCAGAAUUAGCUGAGGAAGGAACGUGCGAUACCUUCCAUCAUCGCGCAGAUGGGUUAAGAAUGAACUGUACCAUGUCCGUAUUGGGUCGCCAUAGAAUUACCAUUGGUACCUGCACCACAUUAGGAAUUUUGUAUAACAUGGGUUUUCCCCGUGGUCAUUUCUCGCACGUUCUGGUCGAUGAAGCAGGUCAAGCAACCGAGCCGGAGAUCAUGAUUCCUCUGAAUUUCAUUCAUUCCGAUCAUGGCCAAGUAGUUCUUGCGGGUGAUCCGAUGCAACUUGGACCGAUCACAAUGAAUAAUCUCGCGGCACAUUAUGGAUUAGGAGAAUCAUUUUUAUCACGACUUUUACAACAGUUUCCUUAUCAGAGAGAUACUGAAGGAUUCAAGACUGGCUAUGAUCCUAGACUCGUUACGAAACUCCUAAUGAAUUAUCGGAAUUUACCAGAAAUAUUAGAUUUACCAAACUCAUUAUUUUACGAAUCAGAAUUACAACCGCAGAUAUUGCCUAUAGAAAGUGAGGAAGCUAAACUAUUAGAAAUGCUGAGAGCAGAACUACCCGAAAGAAAUGGGUCACCACCGGCUAUGAUCUUUCACGGAGUCAAUGGUAAGAACUACAGAGAUUCCGAGAGUCCAAGCUGGUAUAAUCCCGAAGAAGCGACACAAGUGUACCUCUAUUUAUUGAAAUUAUAUAAAUAUGGACUUGAGCCGGAUGAUAUAGGAGUUAUAACCCCUUAUCAGAAACAGGUAUUGCAAAUCCGAGAUCUGCUGUUAGAAUUAGAUCUCAAGUUACCAAAAAUCAGCAGUGUAGAAGGAUUUCAAGGCCAAGAAAGAAAAGUGAUCAUUGUUUCAGUUGUUAGAUCAUGCAAUAAUCUAAUUGAAGAAGACAUCAAACAUGCCCUAGGUUUCGUUGCCUCACCCAGAAGACUUAAUGUCGCGAUUACUCGUGCUCGCGCUUUGCUCAUUAUCUUAGGAAAUCCUGAAUUACUUAUUUUGGAUUCACAUUGGAAGAAUCUUCUUAUUUAUUGUAUUAAUCAUGAUGCAUAUACAGGAUGCAAUUUUUCAUCUUAAAUAUAAACAGGUUUGCAAAACGUGAAAAA